AUGCCUCAUUCUAUUAUUGUCACUGUUCUCUCACCAUGCAUAGUCCCUUCAAACCCUCAUUUUCCAACUAAGCCAGUCAGAGAACCUUGAGUUGUGGUGAAGAAGUCUAAGACUGCAAAGAAAUUCCUUCAUAUGAGGGAGAAGGAAAAAGAAGGGCAUCUUCUCAUAUAUUCUCCUUAAAUUCUUCCCCAGAAGCUUCUUGAUCGACUGAAUUAUUGGGUUGAAGAUAAUAAGAAUAAAGGAUAUGCGAGGUCUUUGGAGCACUACUCCAGUAGACUGGUAGAGGAGGGUGGAAGUCGGGGGACUAAAAAGGGGAAGUACCUGCAUAGUACAAUGCACUGCAGAAUGUCCUUGUUUCUGAAGUGGCUGUACAUCAUUAUAUGCUUGGACAAUGCCCUGGGUGACCCUGUAUAUGAAGGAAACCUCUAUUCAAAGAAUAUCAGCAGGAUAUUGGACAACCUAUUAGAUGGGUAUGACAACAGGCUUCGGCCAGGAUUUGGAGGGGCUGUCACUGAGGUGAAAACAGAUAUUUAUGUUACAAGCUUUGGUCCUGUGUCUGAUGUGGAAAUGGAAUACACAAUGGAUGUUUUCUUUCGUCAGACAUGGACUGAUGAGAGACUGAAGUUCAGGGGCCCAUCUAAGAUUCUAAGUUUGAACAAUCUGAUGGUCAGCAAAAUCUGGACACCUGACACCUUUUUUAGGAAUGGAAAAAAAUCCAUAGCUCAUAACAUGACAACCCCAAACAAGCUUUUUCGGAUCAUGCAGAAUGGUACUAUUCUCUACACAAUGAGACUUACCAUCAAUGCUGAUUGCCCCAUGAGGCUGGUUAACUUUCCUAUGGAUGGACAUGCUUGUCCACUGAAGUUUGGGAGCUAUGCUUACCCCAAAAGUGAGAUCAUUUAUACAUGGAAAAAAGGUCCUCUUUAUUCUGUAGAAGUUCCUCAAGAAUCCUCCAGUCUUCUACAGUAUGAUCUGAUUGGACAGACUGUAUCUAGUGAGAUAAUAAAGUCUAAUACAGGUGAAUAUGUAAUCAUGACAGUUUAUUUCCACUUGCAAAGGAAGAUGGGAUAUUUCAUGAUACAGAUAUAUACUCCCUGCAUUAUGACAGUCAUUCUAUCUCAGGUGUCUUUCUGGAUUAAUAAGGAGUCUGUGCCUGCUAGAACUGUUUUCGGAAUUACGACUGUUUUAACCAUGACCACUUUAAGUAUCAGUGCUAGGCACUCUUUGCCAAAGGUAUCUUAUGCAACUGCCAUGGAUUGGUUCAUAGCUGUGUGUUUUGCCUUUGUCUUCUCUGCACUUAUUGAGUUUGCAGCUGUCAAUUAUUUCACCAACCUUCAGACUCAGAGAGGAAUGCAGAAGGUUUCCAGGAUGGCCCUUCCACCAGUCACAACAGUACCAGUGAAGGAUGAGAUUGUUUUGCAUCCUGAUUGCAAUUAUACUCUAAAGAAGCGAGUGAACUCUCUGACCCUGUCAAAACUUCCAUCACCUGAGGUGAAAAAGGUUCUUAGCAGAGCUUCUAACUCACAGUUGAUGCCUGACACACCAUCAUCAGCACCACUGCUACCAUUGCUACCACCAGCCACUGGUGGCACAAGCAAAAUAGACCAGUAUUCCAGAAUUCUUUUUCCUGUGGCAUUUGCAGGAUUCAACUUGGUAUAUUGGAUUGUUUACCUCUCUAAAGACACUAUGGAAGUGAGCAGUAGCAUUGAAUAGUUGUCAGACAAAAUAACCUAUAUUGAUAGUGUCUAUAUUUAGGGAAUCUGCAAUCUAUUUUGAAAGCAGCAAAAGCACUCAAAAUUUUAAAAUUGUAUCAAAUUUGAGAACAUGACUUAGAUAUUAUAAAGUAAUUAUACAUUAAUUAAUACUGGUAGCAAAAUGUGAAGGAUGGGAAAAAAAUUAACCUUUCUGGAAGAAAAACUAUUUUCUAAAAAUUUAGAAUGAUACUUAAGUAUAGAUAUAAAAGAUUUAAAGCAUUUUUUUUUGUCUAACAUUGAAGAAUAUUCCCCCCUGUUAAUCACAAAAUAAAGUGAAUGGAUAUUAACACCUCCAAAGGUUGCCCUAAAAUAGAUCAGUUUAGGUUCAUCUUACAAAAGAGCAAAAUUAUAAAAAAAUAUCCUAAAUAUUUAUCAAUAGGUGAAUAUCAACAUGGAGGUGACCUUUAUAUUGGUUAAGAAUGGCUUUCACUUGCGUUGUGAAAUCAACAUUCAGCCUGACCAUUAUUUUUUAACCUUGCUGUGCUCUUUUACCUCAAUAAAGUUUGGUAUUUGUAUAUCUAUGAAUUAUUCAUUCAAUAUAAAAUAUGUAUGCAUAUGUACAUAGUUUAAGUGCUAUUCAAAAAAUAAUGCAGCUGUACACUAUUAAAUUGUCCUUAAGAAAAUGUGCUCCACACUAUGUUCUAUAAUUUCUGGGGAUGUAAUGAUUAGAAUGAAAUCAUUAAAAGCUUAUAUUUUAUAUA